AGAGCAGGCAGUCACUAUUCAGGGGGCUGGAAACCAGAGCUGUGGAAUAAAAAGUGCAAGAGGAGCAGGACUGAGCAGCAGCAGAGCAGAAGCUUCUUUAUCUGCACAACUCCCUCAGCCUUUGUGCAGGAGAAGCCUGGAGCUCUGGGCACGAUCACCCCCAGCCCCCCUGGAUCCUUGGAUUGUACCCCCCUAACCCCCCUGGAUCACCCUCUAACAACUUUCCAAAAACUUUUCCAAACUUUUAUUUUUGUGCUAUAACUGGGAGGAAAAAAAAAACAUCCUAAACAGGAAAAGGGACUUUGUACUCUGGGGACUGUCAGCAGGAGAGAGGGCAAAGUCAGAGGAGUGACAGCAGAGAGAGAGGGCAAAGCUGGGCAGCCUGGAUCUCAAGAAGAUAGUCUCCAGUUGCUCCACCAGCAUGCAGAACUACAAGUAUGACAAGGCUAUGGUGCCAGAGAGCAGGAAUGGGGGCAGCACCACCCUGAACAACAAUAAUGGCACCGGCAACUGCAAGAAGAUCCUCCUCAUCUUCCUGGAUCUAUUCUGCCUUAUAGUCGCCUUCGCCCCGGCAGUGGUGACCAACUGCACAUCUGCCAUCUUGCCCUACCAGAGGGGCUUUUUCUGCAGCGAUGACAGCAUCAGACAUGAGUUUAAGAGGAGCACGAUAUCAAUCCCUCUGCUUCUCGCACUGGGGGUGCUGUUUGCGCUGGUUUCUAUCAUUGUGGGUGAAUUUUUCCGGAUAUAUUACUUGAAGGAGCGCUCCUAUUCCUUCAUCCAGAACCCCUACGUCUCUGCAUUGUACAAGCAGGUCGGUUGCUUCAUUUUUGGCUGCGCAAUAAGUCAGUCUUUCACGGACAUCGCCAAGGUGUCGAUCGGACGUCUGCGCCCACAUUUUCUGGAAGUUUGCGAUCCAGAUUUCACGCAAAUCAACUGUUCUCUUGGAUACAUCCAGGAUUAUAAGUGCAGAGGUCUGGAGAGUAAAGUCAUUGAAGCCAGAAAGUCAUUUUUCUCCGGCCACGCCUCGUUCUCCAUGUAUACCAUGCUGUACUUGGUGUUUUACCUUCAGUCCAGAUUUACAUGGCGAGGGGCCCGCCUCCUGCGCCCGCUGCUGCAGUUCACCCUCCUUAUGAUGGCCUUCUACACAGGGUUAUCCAGAGUCUCCGACCACAAGCAUCAUCCCUCCGACGUGCUGGCUGGAUUCGUGCAAGGAGCGUUGGUGGCUUAUUGCAUAGUUUUCUUCGUAUCAGACCUCUUCAAGACACCGAAGAAAACAUCUAUCACCCCCCCUCCUGUGAAGAAAGACUCUCUGUCACCUGUGGACAUAAUUGACCGAAAUAUUGUAUAAAUGAAAAAAAAAAAGAAAAAACUACCGCCAACCGAUUGCAGAAGAACUUCUGACAGUGAAUUCAUUGACCUGCUGCUUUCCAAUCUCAUCAGACAGUAGAAUGUAGAGAAAGACUCUUUGACCCAACCAAACGGAGACUCGGAAAAAACAAAAAAACUAAACAAAACAAAAAACAAAAAGAAAUGUCUGCUAUGAGGCCUUAUGAUCGCAACGUGGGGGACGAAGUUCAGACGGAUGGACAGCCGAGUGAUGACAAAAGAUGGAAUUCCAGAUGUACAAUUGGUCUUUUAUCUGUUCAUGUUUUAAUGAACAACCUAUUGUUCAUAGAUUUAUGAACUUUAAACUUUUUGUUAACAUAAGGGAGUCAUCUUUAUAGAAAUUUUUUAGCUCGUAGUAGAGUUGAUUUUUUUUUUUUUUUAACAAUAGCACUAUAUAGAUCUAUUGACGAAAUAGCACUCACACGUAGUAAGAAGAACCAAAUGGGACUCAUGGUUGGGGGUUGGUGGCUUCAUUGUUGACCACACUUAGUAAGGAGAACCACUCAAGACUUAUGGCUGGGGGUUGGUGGAUCAAUUGUUGACUACAUGUAAUAAGGAGAAGCAUUCAGGACUCAUGGUUGGGGUUGGCGUCUCCAUUGUUGACCACAUGUAGUAAGGAGAACCAUUCGGGACUCAUAGUUGGGGUUGUUGACCACAUGUAGGAAGAAGGUCAUUCGGGAGACAUGGUUGGGGGCUGGUGGCUCCAUUGUUAACCACAUGUAGAAAGAAGACCAUUCGGGAGACAUGGUUGGGGGUUGGUGGCUCCAUGGUUUAUCACAUGUAGGAAGAAGACCAUUCGGGAGACAUAGUUGUGGGUUGGUGGCUCCAUUGUUGACCACAUGUAGGAAGAAGACCAUUCGGGAGACAUGGUUAGAGUUGGUGGCUCCACUGUUGACCACAUGUAGGAAGGAGACCAUUCGUAAGACAUGGUUGGGGGUUGGUGGCUCCAUUGAUGACCAUAUAAGAUGGACCUUCUUACACAAACAUAAAAUAUAUAUUUAAGAAAUUACCACUGACCCAACCAAACUCGAGUCUGGCAUUCCCACUAAGGACAUCAGGAUUGACCCCCUUUCUGUAUCCUGUAAUAACCGGCAAGAACAGAAUGUACCCAACACAAGCCCAACGCAUUUCUUGGCCCAGAAGACUCUUAGAAAGUGAAAAACCAUUAGUGGCCUUUCUUGCUUGAGACUCUUUAAGCACUAUAGACUUUGGGUUUGAUACCCAAGGUACACGAAAAACAGCAGUUUUUAAUGGGUACCGCUGGACGGUAUACUAACCUCAAUCAAUUGUAGUCUGUCCAAUCUCGUCGACGUUCAUUGAGUCAUAACAUUUCACACAACAAUCAUCAACGCUACAACAUGAAGUGUUUACCGAACCAUCGAAAAGUGAGGAUUUUAAGGCAAAUCUAUAUAUAUAUAUA